AAUAAACAGAAAAUUACACUGGAAGAAUUUCUUGGUAUCAUUUUUGGUCGAUGCACGUGGUGGAGCAAUGCGUGGAUGUCGUCAUAGUGGUAUUCGCAUUAUUGUGCCGCCACGUUCGUGUGCAAUGCCCACUAGGAUCACUUGUCGUUAUGUUAAACCACAACGAACGUUGCAUCCUCCGCAGUUAAUGGAAGGUGAAGCACUGGCCAGUCGAGUACUUGAAUUAGGACCAGUUGCAGCUAAAUUUAUUGGGCCGGUUAUCAUGGAAGUACCACAUUUUGCAUCGCUACGUGGAAAAGAGCGAGAGAUUGUAAUUCUCCGGUCAGACAAUGGUGAAACCUGGCGUGAGCACCAAGUCGAAAACAGCGAUGAAAUCAUUCACGAUACUCUCAAUGAAUACUUUGAACCAGGAGAUAUCAAUCAAUUGGAUGAAUCUUCUGGAGGACGAAUUUGUCGCUUUGUCACAUAUGAUUUUCCACAAUAUUUUGCUGUCGUAUCACGCAUUCGUCAAGAGUUCAUUGCCAUUGGGCCCGACGGUGGCAUGGUAUCAAGCACGGUCAUUCCAGCGGUCCAGGCUAUUUUUCCACAAGGUUCAAGAAUGAAUGGUUUUUUCUAUGAGUUUUCUUCUUUUUUUGUGGGGGACAGAAAGCCAGUUAGAAAGUUAUUUUGUUAAAUAUUUGUGGCUUUUAUGGGUUUUAUGGUAU